GCGUGUAAGAUCAGUGGAACGCUGAAGUGCACCGUGUCUCCUCCUAUCACUCAUGACAUAGGUUCCUGAAGAGGUGUGACUAACAGUCAUACAUUAUGCAUAGAAACUGCAGACAUCUGGUGAGGGACAGAAACUUUAACAGAAUGCGUCAAAGCAAAAUAAUCUCUGAGCAACGAGGAAGUCAGGUUGGUUUGAAUUGUUCUUGGGCCAGAGGAAGAAAGAUUGCAGCAAACCUUUAAAGAUCAUUAAGGAGAAAGGCACUGAAGUAUCUGAAGUGGAACUUUUAAUACCAGACACAUGAUCACGGAAUACGAUUUUGGCAUGACAACACAAAAAAAUCAUGGGAGUCUUGAUCACAAAAGCUGGACAAAAUGACUUGAAAUACAGCAGACACACAACACUGCCUAGAUGUUCCAGACACACACUUCCGGAGACAAUCAGGCCUUGCUCCAGUCCAUGCUGCAGAGGCUGAAGAUCCAGCCAGCAAGAGAAAGCCAGGCCUCCCUGAACACACCUGUGCCCACCACAGCCCCAUCAACAUGUCUUCAAGACGGAGAGAGAGAAACUACAGACCCAAAGUCAGUUGACACAGUGACCGCAAGCCCUCAAAAUGGCUUUGAAUCAAAGGAAGAGAGGAGGUGGGGAUUUGGUAGGAACGGCAUUCCCUCAAAGUUGAAUCAGGUGACAAAGGGGGAAUCCGGUGAUGAGCUCAGGACUCCUGGAGAUGGCCAGGAUGCAUCCAGUCUCAACGGCAAAGGACAGCAAACAACUCGUAACUAUGAAUACAACAGGAGUGUUAUUUCCUUCUCCUCCCAGAAAGACAACACUGACAGUGACAACGGUGGGAAUGGCAUCUUGGGAAACACUGCAUUGCCAAAACCAACAGCUGAGCAGUUUCCUGUAGAAUCCUUUAAGGAUACCAGUGUGUCUGUCUUUGGAGGGAAUUCUGUAGAUUUCUCAUUGGGGAAGAACAUUUGUAGUGAAAAAGUUAAUGUAACAACCAUGGGACAGAAUCAAGACCACAGCCAGACCUUUGCGCCCAGAGUCCACAGGUGGUCCCUCAAUUCCAAAGACACAAGAAGCCAAGAGAACAAAGUGCACGCCGAAAACGGAGACAUCAGAACUUUGGCAGAAAACAAAAAUAUGACAGUUGUCCCAGCUAGUCAAAAAACAACUCACAACAGUUGGAAACGGAAACAGCGAUUAUCUGAGACUAAGAUGAAGAGAUGGACUCAGAAAAUUAAGGAGCGGUGGUGGGACAGACCUGGGAGUUUUUCCAAGAAAGGAAAAGAAGACAAUGGGAAAUUAGAUGUCAACAAUAUGCCAGAAAAUCAAAAUUCACCUAAGAACCAACAGCUAAUGGAGGAAAGGACUCCGCCUUCACUGGACACACGUGAUCUCAGUGAAGCAUCAUCGGGACUUUCAGAGGAACUUGCAAACAAUGGGGAAAUCAGACCUAUAAGUGAUUCUGAGUUUGGCCUGGGGUCCUUCAGUUUAUUAGAGGAGAUCGUCACAGGUCAAGAGUGGGCUAAAUUCUUAAAACCGACCCUAUCUGAUGAAUCAACCGAUCAGAAGCCGUCGGAGGAGACAGCAAUCCAAUUCAGCACAACACCUAAUGCUCAGGAACACGAUCGUGGUGAAUCAUUACUGAAUAUGAACCAAGACGGAGAUGGAACCUACCAGUGGAGCUUCAGUGGGGGCACAAAAUCACAAUUCUCAGGUUUUGCUAAUGCCCCAGUAUCACCUGCUGCUUUCUUACCUGUCAACAUGGAAACUUCAGAAGCAAAGAAACCUGCAGUUCAGGGUGCAAACUGUGAAACUGACCAAUCAGAGCCGAUGGAACAUAGCCGUACCCAAUCAGUCACAGAACCAGACAACAUUGGGAUAAGGCAUCUCACAACUCCAAAGAAGAGUUCCUACAAAAAGCCUGUACAUAUCCCGGACAAUUCAGUGCUGAAGAGUAGAAUCCAGCAGAACAGAAAGAGAGUGUAUGAAGCACAGAACAUGGAGACAGAAAAUGAGGAAUCCAUUUCUCCAGUGAGCACAAAGGGCAACCGUGUGAUUGAUGAGACACGAGAUCCCCCAAAGCCUUCACUUCCCCCGUCCUCCCCAUCAUAUCCUAAUUAUUGUAUGCCUCCACCUCGGAGUGUCCUGAAACACUCCAUAUCCCAGGAUUAUUCAUCUUCAAUGGAAACGGUGUCAAAAAAGAGGCGAGUUGAGGAGAACCGGCGGGUUCGUUUCUCAGAGGAAGUGGUCAGCAUUGAGCCCGCUGAGCUGGAUAUGGAUGGCACCGGCUCAGAGGACGACUCUGGAGCAGAUGAUGACUCUGUGAUAGAGGAGGAGAGUGAGGAGGAACUACACACAGGCACCGAGGAGCUGGCACCAGCGCGCCGGACGGCUCUCCCUGCCUGGAUACAGGCUCUGAAGAGGAAAAACCCAGGGAGAAAAUGGAGAUACUGACUGUAACAUUAUUUUUAAGUCAAUAAAAAAAAAAAAAAAAAAUUAUAUAUCAAGCAUCCCUUCACCUUGUAAUACAACCCCAAUUCUAAUGAAGUUGGGACGUUGUGAAAAAUGUAAAUAAAAACA